AUGUCAUACACUCCAAAGCAUUUGGGUCAUCUGGUGAUGAGGGUGCGGGAUAUGGAUCGUUCGCUGGACUUUUACACCCGGGUGAUGGGCCUCACCAUCAUGGAGCGAACCGCCAGCGGAACCGUGUUCAUGUCGGCCAACACCGAGAAGUCGCACGAGUUGGCCAUCCGGGCCAUCGGCAUGGACGCCGGCGGGCCGGACCAUUCGAUAGUUGGUCAGGCGCACAUGGCCUGGCAGAUGGAGACCUUCGAGGACCUGCAGGAACUGUACACGCGCAUGAAGGAAAACAACGUGCGUAUCCAGCGGGUCAGCGACCACGGCGUGUCCCUGGGUGUAUACCUACUGGACCCGGACGACAACGAGAUCGAGGUGUACUACGAGCUCCCCAGUACCCAGUGGGAGGACAAGGUAGGUAACGGCCUGUUCUCGGGCACCUUCGGAAGGCAACUGGAAGAACCGGCGGGCGUCGCCGACGACUAA